GCCAAAAAAAAAGAAAAAGAAAAAAGUAAAUGAAAUUAAACUGCUUCUUAUACAUGGACCCUGACUGAGUUGUUUUUGUAGAUUUGUAAGAAUCUGUAGAGCAAUGGCUGCUUUCUCUUGGUAAGCAGGUAUUUAUGUACUGAGAAACUUCUUGUGCCUGCAGUCACAAGGCAUAGAUUGUGUAAUUAAAGCACCUUUAAUAGAAGAAAAUAAGCACUUCUAGAGAAGGAAAUUGAACCACAUAUCAAAAGUUUUGGGGCAAAGGAUAAUCAUUGCAUUCUACUUGGCCAGCCUAGGUAGUUUCAGAUCAUUAGAAGGGUCUCACCUGUCCCUAUUAUUUGAUUUCUCCUGUACAAAUUCAUUGAAUCCAAAAUAAUGUUUUACAUGCACAGGUACUUAUUUUGUAAUAAACAGGAUUCUGCCUUUCAGUAGAUUGUUUUUUUCUUUUUUUUGUUCAAAUAACCAGUUUGUGAUGUAUUUGACAUUUAAUAUAAGUGAUUAUAAAAGAAAAGAUAGAUAUCACAUCAAGGUGCUAUUUGUUUUCAAAAAGGAUUCCUUUUGUUCCACGUCAUUAAUAACGACUUCUGUUGCUGGCUGAUUUCAAUGCAACUUUGUAGGCAAGCAGGAUACGUGGCUGUCAUUUAUUAACCUGUUUGUUCCCUUCCAGAAACCUCCAGAGCAGUGUUUGGUAAGAUGAGGGCAGAAGGAGGAGCCACAGAUGCCUGCAGCAGAGGUGUUUGCUGAAACUUCGGGCUUGGUUGGCUAAAAUAGCAGUGUGCAAAGACAGGAUGUUCUUGCUUCUUUGGGAAUCUUGAUCACCUCACUCCUUCCAGAAGCAAUCAGCUGAUGUCUUGGCUCACUGUCUGCCUGAGCGAAUGUCCACAACAGCAUGUGACUGGGUGUCCUCAAAUGAGAGGUGUCUUGCCAGGACUAUGGCAAAUCAGGAAGCCACUCCAGGAAGCCAAUCAGAGGAGAGCAAUGCUUUGGACCUGCCAUCAGCUUAUGACAUAAGGGAUUACGUGUUGCAGAGACCCAGCCAGGAGGCCAACAGUGAGGCUUUUAGUUCUGAGGAAGCCUUUUCUAUUCCUUGCUCUUCUGAUACAGAUCCAGGCAGAUCUCUGAGAAAUCACUCAUUGUCUCGGGGAGAAAAACAUCUUAUCUAAGCAAAACUGUUGGGAGAGACUUCAAAGGACAGCCUCCCUGGUGGAACCAGGACAAGGAGCUGUUUCCUGGAGGCCUUUUUGUCUGAGUCCCUUUCUGAUCUCCAUCCAAAUCCAUUUAGAGGCAGGGAGCACUUGGUUCACUGGGAGAGGGUAGAAUUGUUUUUUUUGUUUUGUUCUUUUAAAACUUCAGAAAAUAGCCAUGUGGGCCUGUUGUGUGUCAUAGGGACUUUAGUGUUCCUCUUAUGAAGUAUACUCUGGAUUUAGGUAACAACUUUUCUGUAAGUUCCCCUGACCGAAUUGCCGAAAAGUCUGUUUUUUAAGUUUAAUGAUAAUUCUUUGACGUAGUUAGUGACCAUCUCUGGUUGUAAAGCCCAUCUCCUCCCUGUUUAUUGCCUAAUCCAGGCCUGUAGGUCCACAUAUUCAAAGCUUUGCCACUUACUGGUUGUGUGACUCAGGUCAUAUUUCUUAACCCCUCUGAGUUCCAGAAUCAGCUACAAAAUGGGGAUCAAAAUGCUUGCUUCAUGGAGUAGGUUUAACUCAGGGAACAGUGCAGGGGCACAUCAUAGUGUUUGCCAUACAUUGGUGCUCAGGCAAUUGCUAUUACAGUAUUCUGGUGCUAUUAUUAUUGUUGUUGUUGUUGUUAAUAUUAAGAAACCCAAAUAUAUAUUUUUAAAGAGCACGCAGGUACUAAGAAAAUGUGGGCCUUGAUGAAGAUGAAUUCAACAUUGGCAGUAAGUAGGGUGUGCACCUGUCAUUAUCUUUAAGAAUUCUAUGAAAAAAAAAAUACUUUUAAACUCCCUGAUGAUUCUUUUCUGAUUUUCAGGACAUAGUAAUCAGGAUCAGUCAGAUUCCUGUUUAAUUUAGUUCCAGAGCAAGAAUUAGAUCAUUUCUUAUCCUUUUUCUUUCUAGGCUCAGAAUCUUAGUUCAUUUAACCUUUCCUCUUCCCCUUCCCAUCCUGCUGCCUCUACAUUACUUUCCAUCCCAAAGAAAGCAACUGUUAUUAAUUUGAAUUGAGUUGACCAUUGAAAUAUUUAUAUUGGAGUAUUUGUUUAAAAUCUAGACAUUUCAUGAAAAAAGAUUCUUUUGGAAGCCCUUAUAAAGGUCUAAACAUGGGAAGGAGCACUCAUAUCCUGAGACAACCAUUUUGCACGGCAUGGGGAGUGGUGGUGCUGCAUUUGACUGUCUAGUUUGAAUUCUGGUUCUGCUUUUUUCUGUGGUUUUGCCUUGGGCAAGUCAUUUGGCCUCCAUGUCUUGGUUCCUUCAUUUGUAAAAUGGAGAUAGUAAUGCCUACCUUGUCACGGGGCAGCCAUAAUGAGGGUCAAAGUGUAUGAGGUGUAAUGCCUGGCAUGUGGUGGGCUUUGGAAAUCCAGCUCUUCAUGAGUUCAGUGCCUGGGCACCUCAGCACACCACCACGCUGACCAGGCUCCAUUUUUUUUUUAAUUGAGCUAUAAUUUAUGUGCAAUAUUAUAUGUUACAUGUGUACAACAUAGUGAUUCACAAUUUUUAAAG